CUGAUCAGCACCUGAGCGGAUUAUGAACGGAGAAGUUCGGUGACUGAGCCCCGUCCUCCGAACCAGAACCAGAACCAGACUGACAUCAGUGGAUCUUAAAACCCAGAACUCCUUCCUCCGUGGACCCGCAGCAUCCGGCAGAGCAGCGUUUCAUCAGAACUCCGACCGGAGCCGGUACUGAAAACAGGAAGAUGGCUCUGACUGGCCCAGUUUCCCGUCUGGUCAGAACCCAGCUGAGACGGAGCUGCCAGCACAGCCGGGCCCAGUCUGUGGCGGUUCUUGGAGCCCCGUUCUCCAGAGGACAGAAGAGGAGAGGCGUGGAGCUCGGCCCAAAGGUGAUCAGAGAUGCGGGACUCAUCGAGAGGCUGUCCACUUUAGAUUACUCCGUCCACGACUUUGGUGACCUCAGCUUCCACCACCUGGAACAUGACGAGCCCUACAUGGACGUGAAGUUCCCUCGAAAUGUGGGCGCUGCCAACAAGGUGCUGUUCAGCGCAGCGAGCCGGGCCGUCGGUGCUGGGCACACUUUGGUCAUGUUGGGAGGAGACCACAGCCUCGCCAUUGGAUCUGUGAGCGGCCACGCCCAGCAGAGUCCAGACCUGUGUCUCAUCUGGGUCGACGCUCACGCAGACAUCAACACGCCCAUGACCUCACCUUCAGGAAACCUCCACGGCCAGCCGGUGGCGUUCAUGCUCAAAGAGCUGCAGGGCAAGAUACCAGCUAUUCCUGGUUUUGCGUGGUCUAAACCGUUCCUGUCUUCACGGGACCUGGUGUACGUCGGACUGAGGGACGUGGACCCUGGAGAGCACCACCUCCUGAAGAGCCUGGGCAUCCAGUACUUCAGCAUGAGGGACAUUGACCGACUCGGCAUCACAAGAGUCAUGGAGGUCACCCUGGACCACCUUCUGUCCAGGAAACAGCGACCGAUCCACCUGAGCUUCGACAUCGAUGCGUUUGACCCGUCUCUGGCUCCAGCCACAGGAACCGCGGUGAACGGAGGUCUGACCUACAGAGAGGGGAUCUACCUCACUGAGGAAAUUCACAACACAGGUCUGCUGUCAGCCAUCGACCUGGUGGAGGUGAACCCCGUCCUGGGGGCCAGUCAGGAGGCCGUGGAGGCCACCGCCUCCUUGGCUGUGGACGUGAUUGCGUCGUCCCUGGGGCAGACGAGGGAAGGCGCUCACGCGUCCAUCGACUCCAUGCCUGCGGUGAAAAAGGACACGGAGCAGUUCUGCCUCUGAGCACGGAGAGAAACUCACGGACUUCCUGUCAUGCUGACCAUUCCAUAAUUUUGCCGUCUGCUCCUAUAGACGAUCACGAAAAACAAAAUGUCUGAAUCAAAAAAGGGCUUUAAAAACUCCACACUGGUCAAGCUGAGACAAGCCUUUAACGGUGUUUAGCAGGGGUGUAACAGAAUCUCAGGCCACGUGAAGGGAACACCUCGUGAUUCGGGUUCAAACCCGUCAGCGUGAACUUGUUUUAGAAACAAGGACCCGGUGCCGAGUUCACCUGACGAGUUUUAAACCUACGAUCCGUUUGAGCUGAAGGUAAAAAGAGUCAAAACUACACCGACGUCCCGUCCUUUCAUUAGACUGAAAAGUGUUUUAUCCAAGAGAUAAAGAUAUUUUAUACAGAGAUAUAAAGAAAAGAUGUUUAUUCAUAUUUCUGUGUAAAUAUUCACGACCGUU